CUUAUGAUGCAUUGGUUCGAGCCUGCACUCAGCUCGAGGAUAGCAAAAAUGCUCAUUUGGUUAUCAAAACACUGAGGGGGAAUUCAGAUUGUUGGAGGCAUUUUCAAUUUUUUCUCGAAUGAUUAAGAGAGGCAUUGCACCAAAUGUUGUCACUUUAAACAUGAUUGUUGAUGGAUGCUGCAGGGAAGGAGAUAUUGUUCUUGCUUUUGAGCUUAUUAAGAACUUUUCAGUAAUCUUUGGGAGUUGGAUUGAACCGAACUGCGUCACUUAUAAUAGCCUUAUUAAUGGAUUGUGUAAGGCUGGAGAUGCAGCGGUGGGUGAAAGAGUUUUAAGAGAAGACAUGAGGAAAUGGGGGAUUAAGCCCAAUUUGAGGACUUAUGCUACUUUGGUGGAUGGUUUUUCGAAGCAAUGGAAGAUGGAUGAGGCGCUGAGGCUGUUUAAUGAAAUGCUGGAUAUGGGAUUUUGUCCCAAUUCUACUGUUUAUAAUUCUCUCAUUAAUUGUUUUCUGAAGCAGGGAUAUGUGGAAUAUGCCUGGUGUUUAUUGUCCUCCAUGAUAGAUGCUCGAGCCUUUCCUGACCACAUCACAUACUCAAUCCUUGUUGAAGGUUGUCUGAGAAAUGGGUUUGUGAAGGAAGCUUUUCAAUGCCAUCAAAUGAUGAGAGAUGAAGCUCUAAUUAGAGAUGUUGUCUCCCAUAAUAUUCUCAUUAACUAUCUCUGUAAGCAUGGGAAGAUUAAAGAUGCAAAAAUACUCAUAGCAAAUAUGAUUACUAGUGGCUUUUUUCCUGAUUCCAUAACUUACACCACAUUGAUUGAUGGAUGCUGCAGAGAGUGUGGAGUGGAUGAUGCCCUGCAAAUAUAUGAAGGAAUGGUUAAAUAUGACCAAAAGCCAAAUUUAGUUACUUAUAACACUAUAAUUAAUGGAUUGUGCAGAGAAGACUCUAUUGAUGUAGCCAGGUUUGUUAUGGAGGAGAUGAUAAGAGCUGGUCUGGAUGCUGAUGUUUUUACUUAUAACACCUUGAUCAAUUCGUAUUGCAGAAAGGAAAAUUUUGAUGGGGCAUUUUGUUUGUAUUUUCAAAUGAGGAGGCUUGGAAUUAUGGAAACUGAGUCCACUUACAAUACGCUUAUGAACUUUCUCUGUAAAUCUGGAUUUAUUGAGCUAGCAAAGGAUUUCUUGAUGGAAAUGCUCGACAGAGGUAUUCUUCCUGAUCAGAUAACUUAUACAAUUCUUAUUACUUUGUUCAGUAGGAAUUGUAGUACUAAUGAAGUUGUUGAAUUACAUGAUUUUCUUGUGCUUAGAGGCGUAAUGCCUGAUGAGGAUACCUAUAAUUGUAUAGUCAGUCCCCUUCUUGAAAGGGAAAAAGUGCAUUUGACAGACUUAUAAUAUUCAGACUUCCUGGAGAGAUUUUUUUGUGCUUAAUGUGUUAUCUUCAGUUUCAUAAGCAUAGACUGA